AUGCUGAAGCCGGGCGACCCGGGCGGCUCGGCCUUCCUGAAGGUGGACCCGUCCUACCUGCAGCACUGGCAGCAGCUCUUCCCUCAGGCGCAGCUGAAGGCUCCUCUGGGCCCGGCCGAGCGGCUGGCCACCGUCCCUGUGGACGGCCUGCGCCCGUCCCGCCUGCACGGCCACCUGCUCUCCUCCUCCCACUGCACCUCAUCCUCCUCUUCCUCAGCAGCGGCAGCAGCAGCAGCGGCGGCCGCAGCAGCGGCGGCAUCUUCAUCCUCCCUCGCCCCCUCCUCCUCCUCCUCCUCAUCCUGCAUCUCCACCUCGGCCGGGUUGGCCCAGCUGCCCGUGCCGCAGCAGAUCGCCCUGUUCGGCCAGGCCUUGGCGCCGGUGUGUGCUGCACCUGCAGGAGGAGGAGGGGGUGGAGGAGGAGGAGGAGGAGGAGGAGGCACGGGGGACCUGGUGGUGGUGGUGCCCCCGGAGAGCCAGGGUCACGGCGCCGCGGCGGGGCUCCUGCAGCAGGCCAAGGAGCUGCAGGGCUGCGUCGGCGUGGGCGUCGGCGUGGUGUCGUCCAGCGUGAAGGCCAGCAGCAGCAGCAGCAGCAGUGGCGGUGGCGGCAGCGGCGGCGGAAACGUUAACGAAGGAAAGGCGGUGACAUCGUCCAGGUUCAAGCUGACGUCGGAGGAGCUGGACUACUAUCUGUACGGACAGCAGAGGAUGGAGAUCAUCCCGCUCAGCAACCACACAGGAGAGCUCAGCAACCGUUGUGACAUGUGUGCCGACAACAGGAACGGCGAGUGUCCCAUGCACGGCCCCCUGCACUCCCUGCGCCGCCUGGUGGGCACCAGCAGCACGGCAGCACCCGUCGCCCCGCCGGAUGUCCCUGAUUGGCUGAGAGACCUGCCCAGAGAGGUGUGUCUGUGCACCAGCACAGUUCCAGGUCUGGGUUAUGGGAUCUGUGCGGCUCAGAGGAUUCCUCAGGGAACGUGGAUCGGCCCGUUUCAGGGCGUCCCGCUGCUGCUGGACAAACUGCAGUCCGGAGCCGUCCGGAACACACGGCACCUGUGGGAGAUCUACGACGCCGAGGGGACGUUACAGCACUUUAUCGACGGCAAUGAGCCCAGCAAGUCAAGCUGGAUGAGGUACAUCCGCUGCGCCCGGCACUGUGGAGAGCAGAACAUGAUGGUGGUCCAGUACAGGUCCUGUAUCUUCUACAGAGCGUGUAUGGACAUCCCCAGAGGAACGGAGCUGCUGGUUUGGUACAACGACUCCUACACGUCCUUCUUCGGCAUCCCGCUGCAGUGCAUCGCUCAGGACGAAAACUUAAACGUUCCAGCCACGGUGAUGGAGGCCAUGAGCAGACAGGACUCCCUCCAGACCUUCAGCAAGAACGGCAAGCCCUCCUCCUCCUCCUCGUCUUCCUCCUCCUCCUCCUCCUCUUCCUCCACCUCCCUGCUGCGCUCCAUGGUCUUCCCGCACUCGCCGUGCUCCAGAAGUUUCUCCCUGCUGGACAAGGCGGGGGUCGGGGGCCAGGUGGAGUCCAGCUUCGGCCAGCUGGGGUCGAAGAACCAGCGGGUCCUGGCGAGCCCGACGUCCACCAGCCAGCUGAGCACCGAGUUCAGCGACUGGCACCUGUGGAAGUGCGGCCAGUGCUUCAAAACCUUCACGCAGAGGAUCCUGCUGCAGAUGCACGUGUGCACGCAGAACCCCGACAGGCCGUAUCAGUGCGGUCACUGCUCUCAGUCGUUCUCCCAGCCGUCUGAGUUGAGGAAUCACGUGGUGACUCACUCCAGCGACCGGCCUUUCAAGUGCGGAUACUGCGGCCGCGCGUUCGCCGGCGCCACCACGCUCAACAACCACAUCCGCACGCACACCGGAGAGAAGCCUUUCAAGUGCGAGCGGUGUGAUCGCAGCUUCACACAGGCCACUCAGCUCAGCAGACACCAGCGGAUGCCCAACGAGUGUAAACCAACCAGCGAGAGCAACGAGUCCAUCGAGGUGGACUGA